AUGCCUACUUAUAUUACGUCUGAAGAUGUUGUGGACUCACGUGGGAGCCCGGAAUUAAUCGCCACUAAAUGUGAAGCACUGUUAGGGUUUUCCGUGGAGGCCUCCAAUAAGAAGGAGCCUGUGCCACCGUAUAUUUCACUACAGGAGAAGGUUAAGGAAGGUGAAAAGGAAAGCAGUGCUUUAUCUACACAAUCCCAGAAACAGCAGCAGAAGGAACAACAACAGAAACAAGAGGAAGAACCGCAAUCAAAGGGUAUUUCACUGGUGGUUGUGUUGACAACAUAUCUGACGUUUGGCGUCCUUUUCAUAUUCUCCCAGGUUCGCGAAUGGUACCGUAAGAAGUAUUCUAAAGCCAAAGGUAAUGAAGACUACGCACCACUUACGAAAGACUUUGAUGAUCUUUGGCAGCGUCAUUUCUACCGUCGUCUCCGUGACUGUUUUAACCAUCCAAUUGAUUCCCGCCCUUCACGUGUCAUUGGAGUUAUGGAACGUGUGUCACAUGAUAAUAACCUCACCUUACCUCUCACAGGUAACAUUAUCCCUUGUGUGAAUCUUUCUUCAUACAACUACCUUGGAUUUGCUGAGGAUACUGAGAGUAUCACACAUCAGGUUAUUGAUUCUCUUGAUCGCUAUGGUAUUGCCUCCUGCAGUGCCCCUCAGCAAGCCGGACAACAUGGACCUUUGUCAGAGCUUGAGCGUGGUAUUGCAGAGUUCCUUAACAAGGAUGAUGCUAUUGUGUGUGGUAUGGGAUUUGGCACAAAUUUUCGUGGACUUCCAGCUCUCUUCGGUAAUGACUCACUUGUUAUAUCAGAUAGUUUGAAUCACUCAUCACUGGUAAAUGGUGUGCGUGUAUCUGGUGCAAAAGUAAAAGUCUUUAAGCAUGAUAACUUUGAGCAGCUAGAGACACUACUACGUGAAGCUGUUGUUCUUGGAAGGAGUACAAAAGAAGAUGAGUACAUCCCAUGGGCACGUAUUGUUAUUAUUGUUGAAGGUGUAUACAGCAUGGAAGGAGAAAUUGUCGAUCUUGCACGUGUUGUAGCUCUUAAGAAGAAAUACGGUGCACUGCUCUUUGUGGAUGAAGCACACUCCAUUGGCGCUAUUGGCCGUACAGGACGUGGAGUUACAGAGCACUGUGGUGUUGACACAAAGGAUGUGGAUAUUCUCAUGGGUACUUUCACCAAAAGCUUUGGUUCUAUUGGUGGUUACAUAUCUGGUGAUCAGAGUGUGAUUGAUUAUCUUCGCACACACAGCUCCAUCUCCCUUCACUGCGAUACACUUGCCCCACCAUGCACCCAACAGGCCCUUUCUGCUUUGGAUGUAAUUAAAGGUCUUGAUGGCACAGACUUGGGAUGUAAACGCAUUCAACAACUUAAAGAGAAUUCCCGCUUCUUCCGACAAGGUCUCAUUGCCCGUGGAUUCACUGUCCUUGGCAACGAUGCCUCUCCGGUGGUUCCCGUGAUGUUGUAUCAUCCCUGCAAGUUAAUGAUGGUGGCGAGGGAGUGCAUGCGGCGGGGACUCGCUGUUGUGAUUGUCGGAUAUCCGGCCACGCCGCUGCUGGAGGGACGCGUGCGCUUUUGCGUCUCCGCCGCUCACACCCGCGAGGAUCUGCAGUUUGCGCUGGAUGUGAUGGAGGAUGUCGCCGCAGAGGUGCACAUUCAGUUUAACCCACGUAAGCCCAUUGAAGAGUAA